AUGUCGCUCCCUGUAACGAACCUGGCGCAGUCGAGCGCUGCGCUACAGAUCGAGCCCGCCUCUGCCGACACAACAGUACAAACGUCUACCUCUCGCACCGUCUCCUCUGAUCCAUCGGAUCCCAUCCCAGACGCCCCAGACGAAAGCCAUAGCGAGUCCUCUCGGAGUGCCGCUAAUUCCAGCCAACAUGCAGCACAUAUCUCCACGGCCGGAGAAGAAAAGUCGGGCUACGAAUACAAUCCCGGCGUACGCGCUUUUGUCGGAGGUAAGCACAGAGAAAAGUGGUUCCAGGUUUGGCGACCCAAGGACCCCCCACCUGCUCCUCCCGCCAGUCUUGACGACGCUACGCUUAUUCCACUCGCAAACGCCAAUGUCAUUAGCCGCAUCUUCUUCCAGUGGAUGACCCCUAUCAUGGUGCUGGGUUAUCAGCGACCUCUUGAAGCUACCGACCUCUGGGUGCUCUCCGAAGACCUCAGUGCCAAGCAGCUCGGCGGUCAGCUCAACAAGGAUUGGGAGCGCCGUGUUCGCGAAGCCAAGGAUUACAAUGCUAAGCUUGUCUCGGGCGAGAUCCGGCCCGGGUGGAGGAGACGCACCUCUUGGGCUCUGCGAUCCGUGCUCAAUCCCAAAGGCGGCGAUGUCAAGCAACGCGAAGCGAGCUGGAGAGCUCCACCCAGGCCUGCUCCUGCCGCUGCUGCUCCUGCUGGACCUCCUACGUCUGGUCCUUCCCAAGCCAAAGUUACCAAAGACUCCUCGGGCCACAAAAAGCCGUCGCUUGUCUGGGCCAUGCACGAUCAACUUGGUUGGAAGCUGUGGUCUGGUCUCUUGUUCAAGAUCGUUGGCGAUACUUCGCUCAUCACCUCGCCGCUCGUGCUCAAAGCCAUCAUCAAAUUCGCUCAAGAGCUAUACGCGGCUCAUGCACGCGGAGAACCUGGUCCGCCCGUCGGCCGUGGGGUCGGUUUGUCCUUUGCCCUAUUCUUCAUGCAGAUCAUCUCGUCUCUAGGCACUCAUCAGUUCUUCUGGCGCUCCAUGUCGUGUGGCGUCGAGUCACGAGCAGCGCUCAUCACCGCCAUCUUUGACCGUGCCAUGAAAAUGAAUGGUAAAGCUCGAUCAAGUGGUAAGCUCAUCAACCAUAUCUCUACCGACUGCAGUCGUAUCGACUUUGCCUCGGCUUGGUUCUCCAUAGUCUUUGCUGCGCCUAUCCAGAUGAUCAUCUGCAUCAUCAUUCUCCUUACCCAGCUCGGUCCCUCGGCGUUGGCCGGUUUUGCCAUCUUUGUCAUUGCCACUCCUCUUCAAUUACAGACCAUGAAGGCGCUUUUCAAGUUCCGACGAGGUUCUAUGAAAUGGACUGAUGCAAGAGCAAAGACCAUUCAAGAAGUCCUCGGAGGCAUGCGCAUCGUCAAGUCAUUCUCGCACGAAGCCAAAUUCCUCGAGCGCAUCUACGACAUUCGGAAGAACGAGCUGAACGGCAUCCGCAAGAUCCUCAUCCUUCGAUCCGCCAACAAUGCCAUCGCAUUUAGCUUGCCCAUCCUAGCGGCUGUCCUCGCUUUUGUUGUCUACAGCCUCACCGGUCACGACCUCAAUCCCGCCAUCGUCUUUCCUUCGCUCACGCUUUUCCAGCUGCUUCGAAUGCCGCUCAUGUUUCUGCCUCUCUCGCUCUCGGCCACUACCGAUGCCAAGAAUGCCUUUGAUCGUCUUUACACUGUCUUUACUGCAGAACAGCUCGAAGACACAGUCGAGCACGACGAGAACAGCAAGCACGCUCUUGUCGUUCGCGAUGCUUCUUUCCGCUGGGAGACUGUCGAGGCAGACGAGGCGCUCCAGUCCAAAGCUAAGCCCAAAAAAGGCGCCAAGGGUGCCGCUGCAGAGGUCCGGUCAGCAUCUCGUACAGACAUGUUCAGCAAAGCCAAGAGAGGGGCGAAAAUGUCGCCUGCUGUUCCUGUCACCAACGAACCCGGUCUUCCCACACCCGUGUCGGCCAAGAUGCCUGACAGCGACAACGCACGACGUUUGCAACAGAUUCGAUCCGAACAGAACGACUCUGCUGCUGAUGGAAAUGUUGAGGCGAUUGUCACCGAGGCGCAGCUAGAACCCACGCUUGGAGAGGCUACUAGCGCCGAAAAGACCGUCGAGGAGGUGCAGGAGCCCUUCUCCAUGUCUCACGUCAAUCUCUCAAUUCCCAAGGGUGAGCUGGUCGCCAUCGUCGGUCCCGUCGGUUCCGGCAAGUCGUCCUUCCUUCAGGCCUGCAUUGGUGAGAUGCGCCAGACUAGCGGUUCAGUUCAGUGGGGAAGCGAGCGCGUGGCGUAUUGCUCACAGAGCGCCUGGAUCCAAAACGCAACGGUGCGCAAUAACAUUCUUUUUGGACAGCCUUUCGACGAAGAGCGCUACUGGCAUGCGGUCAAGGUCUCUGAACUCGAAGCGGAUCUUGCUAUGUUGCCCGCUGGUGAUCUUACCGAGAUCGGUGAAAAGGGUGUCAACCUCAGUGGUGGCCAGAAGCAACGAGUCAACAUCGCACGUGCACUCUACUACAAUGCCGAUAUCGUCUGUCUCGACGACCCGCUCUCUGCCGUCGACGCGCACGUCGGCAAGGCGCUUUUCUACAACGCGAUCAUGGGUCUACGUGCCAAAGGCGCUACCGUUUUCCUCGUCACCCACGCCCUCCACUUCCUCCCCGAUGUUGACCGCAUCAUCACGCUCGAAGACGGCCACAUUGCCGAGAUGGGCACGUACGAUGAGCUCAACAGCGCCAAUGGGCCAUUCCAACGUCUGGUGGUCGAGUUUGGUGGCGAAAAGGAGAAGAACGAGGAGGAGGAGAAAGGAGACGAGGCCGAAGCUAUCGAGGACGCAGAAAACGAUGAGAACAAGGGCAACAUUCUCGACCGUAGCAAACUUUCUGGAGGCAAGCCCGGUGACAAGGCCGGUGCCCUUAUGCAAGCUGAGGAGCGAAACACGGGAUCCGUGUCGAUGCACGUCUACAUUUCGUACCUCAAGUUUGGCCGUGGAACGUACAUGGUCCCGAUUUGUGUGGGGAGCAUCGUGCUCAUGCAGGUGGCCAACAUUCUCAACUCGUACUGGCUGAUUUGGUGGCAGCAGAACCACUUCAACAAGCCCGUCGGCUUCUACAUGGGCAUCUACGCCAUGCUCGGUAUCGUCAUGACCAUGUUCACCUUCGUCAUGGGCUGCGCCAUGGGCUUCCUCAGUUACUAUGCCUGUAAAAAGGUCCAUCACGAGGCGAUCCAGCGUGUUGUCUACGCACCCAUGGCUUGGCUCGAUGUGACACCCAUCGGUCGAAUUAUGAAUCGAUUUUCGAAAGACGUCGAUGUGGUCGAUAACCAGCUGGCUGAUGCGGUUCGUAUGGCCGCCAACACGCUUGCAUCGGUGGCAGGUGCCGUCAUCCUGAUUACGAUUCUCACGCACUACUUUGUGAUUGCCGUUGCAGUCGUCCUCGUCUUUUACUUUUUCGGAGCGCUCUUCUACCGCUCGUCGGCACGAGAAGUCAAGCGUCUGGAUGCUCUGCUGCGAUCCAAUCUCUAUUCGCACUUUUCUGAGACCCUGUCCGGUCUUGCAACUAUCCGGGCGUAUCGCGAAACCGACACUUUCGUCAAGGAGAACCAGAAGCGCAUGGACAUUGAGAAUCGUGCUUACUACCUCAGCAUCACGAAUCAGCGCUGGCUCGGCGUGCGGCUUGAUAUGCUCGGCGCGCUCUUGGUGCUCAUCGUUGCACUUCUCACCACGGCUAGUUCGACACCUAUCACGGGCGGUAACGCAGGUAUUGCGCUCACGUACAUGUUGACCGUCGCUCAAGCGUUCUCUUGGAUGACGCGUCAGAUUGCCGAGGUGGAGAACGAUUCAGCGUCAGUUGAGCGAUUGUUGUACUACGCCGAGGAGCUUGAGCAAGAAAAGGCGCAGACCCGACCUGACAAUCCCAUGCGCGAAUCUUGGCCCGAGGAAGGUCGCAUAUCAUUUAAGGACAUCUGGCUCACUUACCGACCUGGGCUGCCAUCGGUGCUCAAGGGCAUCUCUUUCGAGGUAGGGAGUGGCGAAAAGGUCGGCAUCGUCGGUCGAACCGGUGCAGGUAAAAGCUCGCUGUUGACGGCGCUACUGCGUCUUGUGGAGCUCAGCAAAGGUUCGAUCGAAAUCGACGGCGUCGAUGUGGGCCAUAUCGGAUUAGAGGACUUGCGGCGCAAACUAGCCAUCUUGCCACAGGAGCCGUUGCUAUUCAGUGGAACGCUGCGAAGCAACCUUGAUCCUUUCGGUAUUUACGACGAUGCACGUCUCAACGAUGCGCUCAAGCGUGCCUAUCUCAUCGGGGACGACACGCAUACGCACGGCGCGGCGACCCCUGUGAUACCCGUUUUAGAAGCCGGAAGCGAAACGGGCUCGGUCGAAGAGGACGAGAAGAAAGUGGUUUCGGCUUCAGGCGAUUCGUCACCUGGCCGAUCCAUCACGCGCAUCAGCCUCGACACGGUCAUCGAAGAAGAAGGAGCCAAUCUGUCCGUUGGUCAGCGUUCUCUCGUUUCGCUCGCCAGAGCCUUGGUGAAGAAUUCCAAGAUUAUUCUGCUUGAUGAAGCCACCGCCUCAGUCGACCUCGAAACCGACGCCAAGAUCCAGCAAACGAUUCGCGAAGAGUUUGCCAACCGCACCAUACUUUGCAUCGCCCACCGUCUGAGAACGAUUCUGUCGUACGAUCGCAUCGCGGUGUUCGACAAGGGCGAGCUGGCAGAAUAUGCAAGCCCGUUGGAACUGUUUGAUCGCCCCGAAGGCAUCUUUCACAGCAUGUGUGUGAGAAGCAACAUUACGCGCGAGGAGAUCGUACGCAAUGCACAACUGGGAAGUGCUUUCCAGUAA